AUGCUGAAUAAAUACGAUGGAAAAUAUCAAUAUUGUAACUCAUACUCUUCUUUCUUUCUUUCUUUCCUUCUUUCUUUCCUUCCUUCUUUCUUUCUUUCUUUCUUUCUUUCCUUCUUUCUUUCUUUCUUUCUUUCCUUUUUCUUUCUUUCUUUCUUUCCUUCUUUCUUUCUUUCCUUCUUUCUUUCUUUCUUUCUUUCUUUCUUUCUUUCUUUCUUUCUUUCUUUCUUUCUUUCUUUCUUUCUUUCUUUCUUUCUUUCUUUCUUUCCUUCUUUCUUUCUUUCUUUCUUUCCUUCUUUCUUUCUUUCUUUCUUUCUUUCUUUCCUUCUUUCUUUCCUUCUUUCUUUCUUUCCUUCUUUCUUUCUUUCUUUCUUUCCUUCUUUUUCUUUCUUUCUUUCUUUCUUUCUUUCUUUCCUUCUUUCUUUCCUUCCUUCUUUCUUUCCUUCUUUCCUUCUUUCUUUCUUUCUUUCUUUCUUUCUUUCUUUCUUUCUUUCCUUCUUUCUUUCUUUCUACAACUGUCUGUUUUGGUUUAAUGUUUUAACAAUACCCUCUCUCUCUAUUUUGAUAAUCAUUUCUUCUCAAUUUCUGUUCACUUAUGUUUCUUUCUUUCUUUGCUUUCGUUUUCUUCUAUUUCUUUCUUUCUUUCUCUUUUACUCGUUUUCUUUUUCUUAUUUUUUUCUCACCUUUCUAUGCCUCUCUAUCUACUUUCUCUCUUUUAUUCUAACUUUCUUUUUCUCUUUUAUUUUUUUUUUCCAUCCAAAUAUCUGUUUGCCUUUAUUUGCUACUAUUCUUUCUUUCUAUCUCACUUUUCUGGUAUUGUCCCUUCUUUCUCGUUCAAACCUUUCUUUCUUACGUUCUAAUCGCCAUUUUGCGAUUUUCUUUCUUUUCUUUCUCUCUAUUCUUCUAUUCCCUCUUUUUCUCUUUCGUUUUUUUUUUCUUUUUAAAUAUCUGUUCGUUUUUCUCUGUUGUUUUCUAACAUUUUCUUUUCGUGUUUAUUUAUAUCGUCUUUUCCUUCUCUUUCCAUCUUUCCAUCUUCUUGAUUUUUGUUCGCCCUUCUUUGAUGGUUUCGUUUUUCCUUUCUUUUCUUUCUUCUAUUUCCACUCUUUCUCUCUGUUCUGUCCCUCUUCCACUGAUUCUUUUUCUUUUUUUCUUUCACUUUUUCUUUUAUUUCUUCUCUUUCUCUUUCAGUCUGCCUUUCUAAAUCUCUGUUCGCCAUCGCUUCUUGCUAUAUCGCUUUUCUUUUCUUUCUUUUCUUGGAUUUCCCUUUUUCUCUUUUCGUUUUUCUUUCUGUUUGUCUUUCUCUUCUUUCUUGCUAGUUUUUCUCUUUCUUCUCUUUCUCUUUACAUAAUCUUUUCGCCUUCCUCUUCUGUCUAUUUUACUUCUCUCUUUUCUCCUGUUUACCCUUUUUGUCUUUUCGUUUUUCUUUCUUAUUUUCUGUUUGUCUUUCUCUUCUUCUUUCUUGCUAGUCUUUCUCUUUCCAUAAUCCUUCCAUGA